AUGCCCGGAAGCGACGUCCACGAUUUAAGCUAUUACUCUAAGUGUAUGGUUGGAGGAAUCCUCUCUUGCGGUCUUACUCACACUCUUGUCUGCCCACUUGAUAUCAUUAAAUGCAGAAAAUAAGUCAACCCAACUCUUUACAAGAGUGUUGGUGAUGGUUUCAGCACUAUUUACAGAACUGAAGGAUUCAGAGGUCUGACCGUCGGCUGGGCUCCAACUCUUAUUGGAUACUCCGCCCAAGGUUUCGGAAAGUUCGGUUUCUAUGAAAUGUUCAAGGAUGUUUAUAAGGGUGCUUUCGGCGCUAGCGCUGCCAAGUAUCAAACUAUUGGAUUCUUACUUUCAUCUGCUUGUGCUGAGGUCAUCGCUGAUUGCCUCCUCGCUCCAUGGGAAGCAGUUAAGGUUAGAAUGCAAACAUCAGACAAGGGUGCCUUCCCAAGAAACCUUGCAAGUGGAUUCAGCACCAUUAAAGCAAACGAAGGUGUUAACGGUUUCUACAAAGGUCUUGGUCCACUUUGGAUGAGACAAGUACCAUACACUAUGGUAAAGUUCGCUGCCUUCGAAAACACCGUCAAGGCUUUCUACAAAUACAUUUUCACUGCUCCAAAGGACACUUAUUCAAAGAACUUCCAACUUAUGAUCACCUUCCUUUCUGGUUACUGGGCUGGUAUCUUCUGCGCUCUUGUUUCUCACCCCGCUGACGUUAUGGUUUCUAUUCUUAACAAGAAGUCAUCCUCCGAUCCAGUUGGACAACAAGUCAAAUAGAUCUAUUCAGAGAUUGGAUUCAAGGGUCUAUGGAAUGGUCUUGGUGCCAGAAUCGUUAUGGUUGGUACCCUUACCGGACUCCAAUGGUGGAUUUAUGAUUCAUUCAAGGUAGCCUGUGGCCUCCAAACUACUGGAAGCAAAUGA